AUGAAGUCCAAACCACAUAAAGAGGACUCAGCUAAAGUCGAUGUUCCUUUAUCUAAAGAUAGCAAAUUUAUGAAAUCAAAUAAGGAAAGAACUAAUGGUUUUUUGAUCUUUAAAAGCGUGAAUAAAGUUAAUCCUCAAGAUGGCAAAGCUGAAUAUGAUAAGUUAACAGAUGGCGUCCGGUUUAAAUAUGACCGUAUUGCUGAAGUUAUUAGGUUUGUUAAGAAGAUUGAGAAAAAUAAUGAUCCCAAUAAAAUCUAUAAAUCGAUUCGAGGCACAGUGGAGUCCGUUACUACUGAUAUGCUGUCUGGAACACUACAUAUAGGCGCGUUUUCUAAUUAUAAUGAUAAUACCAAAGAGAAACAAUCUUCUACUGAGGAACAAACAACACUCACAGACAAUUUUAUCAAUGAUACAUCAAAUAUGGAUGUACCUUAUCCUUAUGAUGAGCAUCUAUCUCCAACCGAGGAACAUUAUCCUUAUAUUGAGCAUCUAUCUCCAACCGAGGAACAAACUACACUCUCAGACAAUUUUAUCAACGAUACAUCAUCUAUGGCUCCAAAUAUGGAUGUACCUUAUCCUUAUGAUGAGCAUAAAUCUUCCACCAAGGAACAAACCACACUCUCAGACAAUUUUAUCAACGAUACAUCAUCUAUGGCUCCAAAUAUGGAUGUACCUUAUCAUUAUGAUGAACGUCUAUCUCCAACCGAGGAACAAACAACAAUCUCAGACAAUUUUAUCAACGGUACAUUGUCUAUGGCUCCAAAUAUGGAUGUACCUUAUCAUUAUGAUGAACGUCUAUCUCCAACCGAGGAACAAACAACAAUCUCAGACAAUUUUAUCAACGGUACAUUGUCUAUGGCUCCAAAUAUGGACGUACAUUAUCCUUAUAUUGAGCAUCUAUCUCGAACCGAGGAACAAACAACACAUAAUUUCACAAUUGAUAAAUCAUUUGUUGUUCUAAAUACAUGCAUACAUUCCCAUUUUAAUUCUACCGAUAAAAUGAUUCAAAUUAUGAACCCAUUAUCUCUUAAUGGUGACAAUAUUGACGAAGAACUAUGGUCUCUCCGUUCUCAUUAUCAGUCUUUUGAUGAGCAAGUUCUUGAAGGAAAUAUGGAUCAAAAUUCUAAUAUACAGCCAAUGUUUGCAAAUAAUAUGUUUAUGGCUGAAAGUGCGAAUGUACUUGAUGCUACUGGUGGACAACUACAACCAUCUACUUCUGAAAUUUAUUUGUAUUAUGAUUCAAAUAAUCCAUUACAAAUUCCAAUUACAUUGCUCUCAACAACAACUUCCGAAUACAAUUUUCAAACUUAA